AAGUCCGUAGAGACAACUACCUUGUCUCCUCAAACUCUCUUUACCUCCAAUCCAUUCAACAACUCGGGUAUUCUCCCGCCGCAGCAACCACCCAUGGGGGAAGACUCUUCGGCUGCGCCGCCCACUCUUACCCGCCAAGAUUUCGGAAAGAUGGAAUACGGAUGCGACCAUUAUCGGAGACGAUGCAAGAUUCGUGCCCCUUGCUGCGACCAGAUUUUCCCCUGCCGCCACUGCCACAACGAAGCCGCGAGCUCGCUAAACAACCCGAAAGACCGCCAUGAGCUUGUCAGGCACGAUGUCAAGCAGGUUGUAUGCUCAGUCUGCAACACCGAGCAACAGGUUGCUCAGCUUUGUUCUAACUGCGGUGUCAACAUGGGGGAAUACUAUUGCGACAUUUGCAAGUUCUUCGAUGACGAAACUCACAAGGGACAAUUUCAUUGCAAUGAGUGCGGAAUUUGUAGAGUUGGUGGUAGCGAGAAUUUCUUCCAUUGUCAGAAGUGUGGUUCUUGCUAUGCAGUGGGUCUGCGUGAUAACCACUUAUGUGUAGAAGACUCAAUGAAGAAUCACUGCCCUGUUUGCUAUGAGUAUCUUUUUGACUCGGUUAAAGUCACAAAUAUUAUGAAGUGUGGACACACAAUGCAUUCAGAUUGCUUCAUUGAGAUGCAAAACCAAAAUCAAUAUCGCUGUCCCAUUUGCUCCAAGACAGUGCUCGAAAUGGGUCAUAUGUGGAACUUGUUGGAUGCAGAAAAGCAGGUAAUGUCCCCCAUAAGGGAGUCCACUGGAACUGUGCCCUGCCCCUGCUUCUAGACACCCUAAACAUGAGGAAUUCUCAAGUGGAGUUGUUCCCUACCCUGCUUUGUUUCUGCCCCCUUCGUGCUUUUAGUAUUUUUAUUUUUGUUUCUAUUUAGGCUCUGGAUUUGCACCUUUUAGUUUCUCGUGGAUUAUCCUCAAGUUUUAUAGUAGAACUUAGGUAUUCCAGUGCUCGGCAUGCAUUUCCCAUGGCAGUUUCUUUGGAUAUUUAGAAAGCAAAACCAUCCGGGAAAGUUGCUAUAGUCACUUUGAUGGUGAUAAUCGUUUUCAAAUAAUCAAAAGUGUGGCUUUGCAUAACUUGUGCUUCCAUCACCUUAUAUUUCUAAUCCCAAGCCUCUGUUUAAUUCUUCCCCCUCCCUUCCCUAGUUAGGGCGAUACCGUUGUAGAUUUCUUUUAUUGGUUAUCAGGUGCUCUCAAUCUUGUUUUAUUGUUUUUCUUAGCACAGUUGUCACAGACCAUGAUUUCUAGUAGAUAAAACUAUCUGGUUUUAGUGGCUUUUGAUAUAUAUAUUUAUGCCUGCCGCUUGCUAUCUUACACAUCGUCACUGUGAUUCUGAAGUUCUUUUCUUUUG